AUGGCCGACAAGCUGCGCAUACUGCUCAUUGGCAACGGAGGCCGGGAACACACUCUGGCAUGGAAAUUGGCCCAGAGCGACGGCGUCGAGGAGAUCCAUGUGGUUCCUGGCAAUGGAGGCACGGUUGGCGUGCAGAAAUGCAAGAACAUCGCCGCUGUCUCGGCAGAAGACUUCGACGCUCUCGUCAAGCAUGCCAAGGAGAACAAGCUCAACUUCGUCGUGCCCGGUCCAGAAGCACCCUUGGUCGCCGGCGUGACAGACUAUUUCCAGAAGAACUUACCUGGCGUCAAGGUCUUUGGCCCAAGCGAGGCUGCUGCUCGCCUGGAAGGCAGCAAGACCUUCAGCAAGGACUUCAUGAAGCGGAACAACAUCCCGACGGCCCGCUACGAGAACUUCGACGACUACGACGAAGCCGCCAAGCACCUCGACUCGAUCGACUACAGCGUUGUGAUCAAGGCAGAUGGUCUGGCUGCUGGCAAGGGCGUCAUUAUCCCACACACCAAACAAGAGGCACAUGAUGCACUCAAGGAGAUUAUGGUGUCAAAAGAGUUCGGCGCGGCUGGCGACAGCGUGGUCAUUGAGGAGUUCUUGACCGGUGACGAGAUCAGCAUACUGUCGCUGUCAGACGGCAACUCCAUCCUGAGCUUGCCGCCCGCCCAAGAUCACAAGAGAAUAAGAGACAACGACGAGGGUCCAAACACCGGUGGCAUGGGCACCUAUGCUCCCACUCCCAUCGCGUCGAAAGAAGUUCUCGACGAGAUUGAGCGAACCACACUCCAGCCUACCAUUGCUGCCAUGCGGAAGGAGGGCAUGACAUUUGUCGGCUGCCUCUUCACUGGUUUCAUGCUCACGCCAAACGGGCCACGCGUGCUCGAGUACAACGUUCGCUUCGGCGAUCCUGAGUCGCAGUCUUGUUUGUCGUUGCUCAAAUCGGAUCUCGCUGAGCUCAUGCUCGCCUGUACAGAUGGUACCUUGUCAUCGAAGACGCUUGAAGUGCUGCCUGGAAGCGCCUGCACAGUCGUCGUUGCAGCUGGUGGCUACCCCGGCAGCUACGCCAAAGGUACGCCGAUGGAGGUCGCGACUCCUCAGGAGAAAGAUGGCAUCUACUACUUCCACGCCGGUACCGCUUUGAAAGACGGCCAGCUCAAGACCAGUGGCGGCCGAGUCAUUGCUGCUACAGCAGUUGGCGCGACGUUGCGAGACGCAGUCAACAAGGCCUACGAGGGCGUGAAAGGUAUCAAGUUCGAAGGCAUGCAGUACAGGAGUGACAUUGCCCAUCGUGCAUUACGGUGA